AUGCGAUCUGCUACAGAGGCGGAAAUCCUUGAGUACGCGUCAAUCGUGCACGAAAAGAACGUGCUCAAAGACCGUACUAAAGAAAGCAUUGAGGCCUUUUUCCGUGACGCCGCGCAAGGUUAUCUUGACGACGCAAUUUUACGGAUCGGAACUUCUAUGCACAUUCAAACCACAAAAUCUCUUUUGCGCCAGCGAGAACUCGGUUAUCACAAUACUCGUUGUCAUCGGCUCUCAUCCAGAGGUGCUUUCAUGGAAUUCCGAUCCCGCACCUUGCAGACUUUAGGUCCUUCACUUUCCUACACAGGCACGUCUGGAGAUGUCAACACAGUAGCGUGGGCUCCAGACGGAGUUCGCUUCGCCGCGGGGUCUGCUUGUCUUGUGGAUACUGCUUCCAUGCAGUAUAAUAGACCAAACAAUCUUCUUUUCGGCGAUAUGGCCCAUGGAACCCUGCAAGAACUCCCAGACCAUCACACCAGACGGAAAAAGACUGAAACCGGAGUAAACGCUACUCAUUCAAUGUAUGCCAGUCAGGAUCAGAGGCUUUUCCAAACUGUGUCCAUGGUAGAUUUCUCGCCCGACCAAGAGUUCAUGUAUACCGCUGGGUACGAUAAGAAGGUCAGAGUUUGGGAUAUUCGCAACGGGGUGAAAGACGAUCCUCGUGUGAUGAAACACAAAGGUAAAGUGGACCUACUUGCCGUCAGCAAAACCGGUAUUUUAGCUACCGGAACCCAGCGCACAACAAAAGCCAUCAAGCUUAUGGGGUUUUCUCGUUACGGAGACUCCGAUAUCUUAAGUGAGCUCAAAGCCUCAUUCAGCUCACAAAAAGCACUAGAUCGUCCCGAAAAUGAAAUCUACCCGUCGGCUCUUCGUUUCAGCCCAUCUGGCGAACAUCUGCUUGGCGGGUUUUCAUCCAGCUCUCACGAUGAACAUGUUACAGGUGAGACUUGCGUUUGGGACGUAGGCUCUGAAAAGCAAUUACCGGUAUACCCGGAGACCCGUACCGUGUUCGACUGCGCGUGGCACCUGCUGUACCGCACGCUAUUCGCUGUGGGUUGCGUUGCCGGUACAAACGUCAACAGAGGUAUUCGUUCGGUCGUCAGACUGUAUGAUUGGCGCGCCGACCAGAGCAGGUACCAUAGGUGGAUGGAACUUGAUUGCGAGGCGCUUGACAUGAAUGAUAUUGUCUACAGUCCGUACGAUGAGAACCUAGUGGCUGCAGGAUGCACCAACAGCAAAACAUAUAUUUGGGACAUUCGAAAGCCAGACAACGUCAUGCUCACCUUGGAGCAUGGCCAACCUCUAAUGGAGUUUGGCGAGCCAGAGUCUCAAGAAAAACUGGAUACAGGUAUCCGAUUCGCCUCGUGGGGCCACGACCGUUCUUGUUUCUACACUGGAUCCUCGGAUGGCGUUCUCAAAUCUUGGAACCCCUAUCGAGCGACGGAAGACGUCCACAACAGGGAUAUCGUAACGCUCAAUUCCGGCAUUAUGUCAGGUGCUCUCAGUCCAGACUUUUCAAGCCUGCUACUCGGCGAAGUUAAUGGUUCCGUCAACGUAUUGGAAGUCGGACAGUCCGACAGAACUUUGCGAGAUAUGAGGCGCCUGAAACUGAUGCCUGCCUAUGAGUCAGAUCCAUUGGCCCAGUUGGAAUCAACCAAGCGCGUUGUAGGCGAGGGUGUAACCGCCGCUCGUGAUAUGAUUUCAUCGGAUGAAAUCACAAUCAAGCCAAUGGGAUCAUUACCAGUCCGGCAGGCUGUUCAAGGUCCAAAUUAUGAGGGGCCUCACGACAAAGCACCCGACGCUGAGCUGCUCAGAGCAAGAGCGUUGCAUUUUCAACUUGAGGCCAAGACCACAAAUCAAGAGCAGUGCGAAAUUAACGGAUGCCGUGAAAUUGACCAUGUCACCAGCGAAGAAGCUGGUGAUUCUGGCCGGUCGGCGGAACGUAUCCCAGGCGCUCUACAUUUUGCCAGCUUGUCUAGUGAUGGCAAAAUAACCGGAAAAGCGAAGUGCAAGAAAUGCGGUGCUUUGACUCGUCCCCGUUUCGCAGAGAACGAUUCUGUUGAUACCGGAACACUGUGCGAGAGGUGCAGCUUCGCUUGUUUGUCCUGUGCAAACCAGGCUGAAGUCCUGGAUGGUGCAACAGAAUUUGUUGGUUGUACCUUCUGCGGCGGCUUUUGGCGGGCAGAUGUGCUAGGAUAUCGGGCACUGGAGAAACCCAAGAAAGAGAGGUCUGUCUCUGUCUCUUCAAGUCGGUUAAGAAGCCUUUACAGUUGGGGCUUCGAAGACGACGAUGAAACUUACAUGGGCAGCGACUGCGAGGAGGAGUACUUUCAGAGUUUGUGGAGCGACAGACCGUCUUCACCCCUCUGA